AUAACAACCCUCUUGUUCACCCCCUACCCUACACACCAUGUUCACACAAGCCUUCCCUCGGCUACUAGCCAGGGCUACGGCUAGAACCCCUUCUCUCAAUCAUAUUGGCAAAACCCGGUUCGCCUCAACUCUACCCUCCCCUUCAUCCCCUUUGACAUCCCGUACCGCUCUAUUAUCCGCUUCUUUAGUCUCAGUAGGUACCAUGGCGUGGUAUACACAUCUAUACGGAAUUCCUUUUUUACCCGAAGCUUCCGCCAACACCGCUGCAGAAGAUGGUUUACACCCUGCCAGUUAUCCAUUCGAACAUAAAGGUCCAUUCGAAACGUUCAAUCAUAGUGCUAUCAGGCGAGGAUAUCAAGUGUAUCGUGAAGUCUGUGCCGCUUGUCAUUCUCUCGAUCGAAUCGCUUGGAGGAACUUGGUCGGAGUGUCUCAUACCGUUGAUGAGGUAAAAGCUAUGGCUGAAGAAGUGGAAUAUACCGAUGGACCUAAUGACGAGGGAGAAAUGUUUCAAAGACCAGGAAAACUUGCAGAUUAUAUGCCACCUCCUUAUCCUAAUGAAGAGGCCGCUAGAGCUGGUAAUGGAGGUGGUCUUCCUCCCGACUUGUCAUUGAUCAUCAAAGCUCGUCAUGGUGGUGCCGACUAUGUGUAUUCUUUGUUGACUGGUUAUGUUGAUCCUCCUGCUGGUGUCAACGUUGCGGAAGGGAUGAACUACAACCCGUAUUUCCCAGGUGGCGGCAUUGCCAUGGCUAGAGUAUUGUAUGAUGGAUUGGUAGAAUACGAUGAUGGUACUCCCGCUACUUCGUCACAAAUGGCAAAAGAUGUGGUAACUUUCCUCUCAUGGGCAGCUGAGCCAGAACAUGACGAGAGAAAGAAGAUGGGUUUGCAGGCUGUCAUCAUCCUCUCGACAAUGUUUGCAAUUUCAAUCUAUGUCAAACGGUUCAAAUGGUCCGUUGUCAAAAACCGAAAACUUUACUAUAACCCACCCAAGGAAACGGGUCAUUAGGAUAGAUUCUUUUGUGAACAUGCAUAAGCCUUUACGGGUCC